GUCCAGCUCUUUUUCUUUUGUUAAUUGGUGAGUGCGAGUGCAACUUAGUUUGGGCCAAAUGGUGCGACAUCAUUUUGCUGCAGUUGUGGUGGCAUGCUAUCUUUGGAUUGCAAGUGCCAAGGAUGCAGAUGCCCAAGACAGCUUCAACGACAAGUACCUCAUGUCAUACCUGCCACCAGGCGAUGAGCACUACACUGACAGUUGGGUUGGUGAAAACUCGUCUUGGCGAAGCUACAUGUCCCAGUACUCAGGUAAAUCUGGAGACUACCAGAAGUACCUCAAGCAGUACGGUGGACCUCAGGCAAACUACGACCAGUACGUGAGUCUCUAUGCCUCCAUGGCGGGUGCUGAUGUGACAUCUGGAAAGGACUACAACAGCAAAGGGAAAUCCCAGCUCGACGCUUGGAACAAGUCCAUGGUCACAACGUACAACUUGUACAUUCCUGGGCCAUACGAAAACUUUGCUGAGCAGGCAACUGAGGAACGAACUGGAAAUGGUGGUCAGGGUGUUGGAAAAGGUACCAUGGGUGAGGGCCAAGGUGGCAGCUCUGGAGCUGGUGGAGGAGGCCAGCCGCAAGGAUCUGGAUCUGGAGGAAUGCCUUGGAUUCCUUCUGGUGGUGGUGGUGGUGAGAAGGAGACCGAGGGUGGCGGAGGCGGCAACGAAGUAGGAUACGAACCCUUUGCGCGGCCUUGGGUCGUGCAGUAUGCCACUGACGAGGGCGGGAACAAUGCCUUUGACUACGAGGGGAAAGAAUUUGCCUCGGGAGGUAUGCAGAUGGGUGGAGUCCAAGACUAUGCAGACUACAUGAACCAAUAUGCUGGAGAGUGGGUGCCGGAAGAGAGCAUUGAUCAGAAGCAUCAGGCAGAUGGGCACAAGGAUGCUGAGCAGAAAGGAGGUGACCAGAAAGGAAGGCAUCAGAAAGACAGGCAUCCCAAAACUGGUCAUGAGAAGGCCGACCAUCAGCAAGGUGGUCAUCAGAAGGCUCAUCAUCAGAAAGAGGAUCAUCACCAGGACAGCGAUGAACAGAACUCCAAGGCCUCAGCAGCAGUGCCAGGGCCUGACAAGACGCAUAUGGCACAUGCGAAGGGUCAGAAAGAAGGGCAGAAAGCCGUUCAGAAGGCCAGUGAGAAGGAUCACAAGCACACCAAAGACAAGAAAGCUGCCCAGGCAGUGACACUCCUGGACACAUCAGAGGAAUGGGCACCUGUGCCUCACCCAGCACAGCCGGUUCUGCCGCGCCUGAAGAUUGCAAGCAAGGACUUCAAAAGCUCUACUGACAUUCUACACCCGGCUCAGCCUGUACUACCACAGCUCUCAAAGGCUUCGAAGGAGGCCAUUGAGGACGUGCGCUCUGGUGUGCAACGGCUACAGCAGGCGGCACAGGAUGAGGUGUACGCGGCAUGGACCAUGAACAAGCACUUACCUGCGCAAGAGCAGACCCAUGAGCAAAAGCAAUUGGGUGAAUCUAUGUCUCGCCUGUGGAAGGUGACGCGAGAGCCUUUGAACACCAAGUCCUUGCAGGAGCUGGAAGAUGCAGGACGGGCAGCUUCAACUGCCAUUACCAGGCUCCGCACUGCAGAGCUCCAGCAGCUGCGCAAGAGUGCCAAGACCGCACAGGAAAAGCUCAUGAAGGGGGCCAAAGACUGGUCUGAGAUGUUGCAGCGAGAUGCUCGGAAACAGGAUAGCAAGAAAUUGGUGGAGGAAGCAAGGCAGGCAGGUGUGGAGCUCGAGAGGUCACUGACAAAGGCCUUGGAAUCACGAACUGAGAACAGAGCACAGGAGCUGUUACUCCGUGCCCAGCAACGGAAAAAGCUGCUACAGGGAGUUCUCAGUGAGGCAGUGGAUGUUGCAAAGAUGGCUCGUGCUCCACAGUUCACUGUGGAGGAGACAAAACCUCAGAAAGAGACACUUGAGGUCAAAGUUGAGGAAACAAUACUGCCAGAGAGGCAGACAAAGACCUUCACUGCCGAAAAGCUGAAGGGAGUGUUUGGCUCCUGGCUGUUGCUUGGGAUCACCAUUGCCGGCCUACUGUACUCGGUGGCUGGCUUCGUCCUGCGCCGUUCAGCCGCAGCACCCAGGGAGUCCAGGGAGAUUGCACUCCUCACCAUUGCAGAGCCAUAGAUGCCAUAGGUUUCAGGCGUCCAAAGUGAAGAUGUCUAUGAGGACAUCCGACAACUUUAGAUCGGAAUUCAUCAUGUGCAAGUAUCUCUUGACCAGCACACUGCUGAGCUCAUCAAACUCCUCCCCUGCAAAGUGGAAACCUUCACACGACCAUACAAGACUACUUCAAGAUGCAUUAGACAAAGAUGGUCAUGUUUCUUGGAAAAGGAGACUUCUCUUCCCCAGCUGUCACUGGGUGAUCCAGUGGGAUCAUGUACAUAGUCGGCAUGUGCCAUGCCUGACAAAGCCAGUCAUGGUUCUUUCAGUCCGACGGACGCAUUUGAGCC